AUGUAUGAGAAUCUGAGUUUUGCAAAAGCGGCAGCAACUAACCCGAAAAAGGAAAGCCCCACCCGGCAGAGGGAAUAUCCAUUGCACCUCGCACGCAUACACCUCCCUCUCAAAGAUUUGCAUAUCCAAGCAGAUAAUUAUACACAAUUCAUCAUGUCCGUCACAGAAAUCAACCAAACGCCACCAGAAGAGCCCAUCACCAUCCCCUCCAACCGCGAUGGCGUCGCCUAUCUGUACGGCCACCCUCUUCUGAACUCUCUCUCCCCACCUCUACACCAGACAGUCUACAAUGCGCUCGGUCUCAACUGGACCCAAAUCCCCCUAUCCAGUGUGUCCGGCCCAUCAGAGACAUACCCUCCUCCCUACACACGGUCGCCACCGAUUGAGAAAUAUCUGGCAUCGAUCAAGUCCAAUCCCAAGUUCGUCGGCUCGUCCGUGACGAUGCCUCACAAGGUCGCAAUCAUGCCGUACCUCGACGACCUCACCGAGCACGCCCGUCAAGCCGGCGCCUGCAACACCAUCUUCAUGCGCGACGACCCAACAACCGGUCAGCGCCAGUACGUCGGCACCAACACUGACUGUGACGGCAUCCGGGAAGCCCUCACACAGAACGCACCUGACCCAUCACGCUUCCGCGGCCGGCCCGCACUCAUCAUCGGCGGCGGUGGUACUGCCCGCACUGCCAUCUACGUUAUGCGCCGCUGGCUCGGCUCCAGUCGCAUCUACAUCGUCAACCGUGACGCCGCUGAGGUCGCCGCCAUCCUCGAGGAAGACCGUAGCCGCAACCCUGACCCCAAUGCCCAGGCGCCUCUUAUCCCUGUCACCGACCCUGCCGAGGCUGCUCGUCUCGAGUCCCCCGCGGCUAUCGUCUCCGGUAUCCCCAACUACCCCCGAAAGAAGCAGCAGGGUGUCAUUCUGGAGAUGUGCUACCACCCCACGCCCUGGACUGAGAUCGCUCACCUGGCUUCUGCUGGUGGGUGGAAGGUCAUCCUCGGCUCUGAGGCUCUGAUCUGGCAGGGUCUGGAGCAGGCCCGUCUUUGGACUGGAAAGGAUGUUAUCGGUACUCCUGGUCUUGUGCAGGAGGUUAAGGAUCUUGUUGCUAAGACCAUUGCGGAACGGGCAUCUGCGAAGUCUAGCCUGUGA